AUUGUGUUUAUUUUUGCUUGUUAGAGUUAGUAGCCUGAGUGACUUUUACUCAGGUUAGUCCUGCUUGAUAUGGAAAUGUCGAGCACAGUACUUAAUUGGACCACCCGCCAGAUUAGAUUGAAAAUGCGUCGUCGUUGUCUGGGAAUACGAUGUCGGACUGGCCUUAUACUGAUCAUAUUGACGCUGUGCCUGUGUGGGGUAUAUUUCACUUACAAAUCUCUCAGUGGACAAGAAACUUCACAUUCUCGCCGUCGCAACUCAUUCCCAUCUCUGGACAAAAGGAAAGGGUUACGAUUCCAAGCAGCGAAGCAGAGACAUGGCAACGUGAGACCACCUGAUUCCACCAAUGACUGGCACAAGGAACAACAGAUCAUGAGACAAUCUUUGAUGUCAGGAUCGUUAAAAUUUAAUCCUGUUUUACAGAAAAAACUUCAUAGCUUUAUUUCUGAACUCUAUCCCGAUGACUGGGGCACAGCACGAGAAACUGACGAAGUUGCAUUGGAGUUGAAGUCGUUGCUGUUGGAUGUUGGUUUAGGGAGCAAUAUGUCUUGUAAGCAGAUUGAUAGUCUACAUAUCGGUGGGAAUAUGGCCCGGUCAGAUAAAAGAUAUGUCGAGCGUGGUCGCUUUGAUGAGUACAGUCGAAACGAGGUGACAGUGAAGAGUCAGUCGUUUGACGUCGGUACGAAGAUCAAGUGUAUGAAGAAGGUGUAUGAUUUUGAAUACUGCAGCCUGAUGGGGAAUUACAAGAUGAUGAGGGAGAUCCUGUACCUGGCUCUGCUGCGGCAUCCCACCAUCGUCAACAUGCUCGGCUACUGUGUCCGUGGAGACCAGAUCUCGCCAGAGAUUCGGAAGAAGGGGCUGAUUGUUGUCACGGAGUUAGGGUCACCACUAAGUCCCCAUUCCCUUGCGUCAAUGCCCUGGCAGACCAAAGUCAUGUAUGCUCUCCAACUUGCCAAGCUGUUGGAAUAUUUAGAAUCAAGCCCUAUCGGCAACGUGGCACUAGGGAAGAUCAGCAUGGAGGACUUCAUCGUCGUGAACAACGGCUACUCCCUACGGCUCGUGGACCUUGAUGACAUGAUGCCUCACGAGAAGACCUGCAGCUCAGACAGUGACUGCAUCAAUGAUGGCAAGUCACUGGGUAUACAGUGUAACUCUGGUCGGUGCUUGGGGCUGAACAAGGCAUCCAAUAUGAAUCGUCUUGGGAGUCUGAUGAUGGACCCCAUCCUCCGAAGCUCCCCCGCCUCCCAGUCUCAGCGCGUAGACGACAUCCUCAACAGACUCCUCAACAACCAGAUCUCCGCCCAGGAACUCACCACCAGCCUCAAACAGAUCCAGGAUGAAGCAGGACUGCCACAAGAGCCUCCAGUUCAGCAGCAGCAGCAGCAGCAGCACUACCAGCAGGAGCAGCCCGAGCGCAUCGUCCAGCGGGAGGAUGACCCCGAUCUGAACAGACCCAGCCGAAACAAACAGUUCCUGUAUGGUGACAACAAUGCGGCCAAGGGACGGGACCGAGUGUCACCCGGCGAGUACCUCCGCUAUGACCAGUCCAACUACCAGGGAAUAUACGAUUUCCGAUGCGAGAACUCGCGAGUGACGUGGGGAUGUGUUCUGACAGCACGGAGCAUCCAGGACUCACAGAACAUGUGUGAUGCCAACCAAUUCUGUGAAUCUAUCGUCAUCUACAGCUCCCAGCCAGAGUCAGAAAACCUGAUGACGAUAAUACUGAAGAACUCCAGCGCCUCCAACCCCCAGUUGUCUGCGGGAACCACGCUGUUCAUCCGUCGCGAGGGGGCAGGCCGACCACCACAGGCCAACAAUGAUGAGACCAACAAAAACCAUCAGGACGACAGCAACAACAAUCAACAGAAUAACAACAGUCCGAACGACAAUCAUAACAGCGAUCAGGACAACAACAACCAUGACCAACAAAGGAAAGACCAAUCAAAUGACCAGAAUGUGAGCAGAGCGCCACCUGGUGGCCAGCAGCCUUUGACACGUGACACGUGUGUAAAGCGAAGCCUUAUGAGCCAUGAAGAGGCUCACAAGAGCAGAGAGAGGAGGCUUAUGACCCACCUAGGAUUGAAAGGUUACCGUGAAAGUGACUGGUUCAAGGCCGUGGUGAGUCAGACGGUGGGGUCUGUGGCUGGCAUCACUCCAGCCGUCGGGAACCAGCCCAAGGGAGGCAAGGUGGUGGUCAAAUUCAUCCCCAAUGGUGAAGACAAGAUGGUGUCCAAGGCGCUGUUUAUUUCGGAGAAAGGCCCGGAACAGUUCCACACCUCGUAUGCCAUUGUCUACCAACUCGACAGACUCCUUGGGCUGUACCACACUCCCCCCUCCAUGAUGACCAACCUCCCCGCGGAUCUCGUGCAGAAGUUCUCCACCGACUUGGACUUCCGGGACAUGUUUGCCACCAUGCUGGAGAGGGAUGGAACUGCUAAAGGUCUGUUCUCGGUCCCGAUGCCGAAAGUGAUGAAACCAGAGGCACUAACCAUCAAGCCGUUGAAGACCCUGGUGCCGAGCGUCACGAAGUUCACGAGGUUGAUGAAGAUGCAGUUGGAGUAUGUGUUCCUCUGGUGGCUGGCCAAGAUCUCCAAGGGACCGGACUCACACAUCGGCUACAAGGGCCACAUGAUCCAGUUUGAUGCCGACCUGGCUUUCCAAGACCCGCUGACGGACCUGACCGGCUACUUCUUCCACUGUCAGUUCCCCAACAUCGUGUACAAGACGCUCAACUGUUUCCGCUGCCACUCCCCACCGGGCCAGCCUCAGUCCUCCUCCAUCUGCUCCCUGGGGCAGGAGGUCAUUAGCAGGGUGAAGACGUCCGGCUUUUCGGUUCCCGAGCUCCAAGUCCGCAGCUACAAUGAGAACGAGUUUGCCAUAUUACUGAACGACGCUGCGACUGUGGCGCUGUCGAUUGUGGAUCAGUGUGUGCGAACGUUUGGCAAGGAGGAUGUGCUGUACUGAGUGGCUGUCGUGUCGGCGGUUUGGGUCGUUGUGUGAAUGUGUUUUGUUAUGAAGUUCAUGUUGACAUGAGGAGAAGGUCAUUUACAUAACAAUUUGAAGGUGUUGAAAACGGUUGUUUGAUUUGAAGUUCAUUGAUGUUUUGUUAACUAAAGUCUUAAGGAUCCUUUAAAAAGUAUAUAUCAAGUUAAAGUUCUUGGUAGUUCAACACAAGAGGACUCCAAAUAUUAUUCUUUAUAGCUGACACUGAUUCUGCCUAGAAUCUGAUAUUACUUUGUCACUUAACUAAAGUAGGACUAUACAUGGGUGCAUUGGAAGUCCAAGCAGUAUUGAUGCAUGUCAUUUUUCACAUUGAUUGUAUUACUUUUUAACAUAACAGUUAGUAAGCAGUCAGGGCAGUCGGGUAGCCUAGUGGUUACAGCGUUCGCUCGUCACGCUGAAGACCCGGGUUCGAUUCCAGACAUGGGUACAAUGUGUGAAGCCAAUUUCUGGUGUCCCCUGCCGUGAUAUUGCUGGAAUACUGCUAAAAAGCGGCAUUAAACCAUACUCACUCAUUCACUACACACAGUAUUCGAAAUUCACGCUAGUCCACUUGCCUCUGAAUACUAAAUUGUGCUGAGGACAAGUAAAAAUCCAGUGAUGGUCGUCCUCAUAGCCUUUGAGGGCUGUCAUUCCAAACCAGUUCUCAUUGCUACAUGGAAAUGGAAAUGAAAAACACUGACACAAAAUAUAAGCAUUUCAUGUCUUGUUCAAGCAGGACUAGCUACGUAUUCUGGGAGCUAUUAAAGUAUUCUAGACCAGAGACCAUAUAUCGGUAUAUGGUCACUGUCGAGACUAUUCUUAAAAAACAUUCUUGUUUUAUUUUGUAAGUAGAUCAGCUCCUCAUGUCACAUGACCUUUGUCACCUGUCAGUCCUGUCAUAUUCCUGGAACGCUACACCCAGAGGUGCCGACCAUAUGGCAGAAUCAUCUCGAUAUUUUGAAUCGAAUUCCACAAAUAAAUUAAGUGUAACAUAUUUCAAUUUUUGUCCACAAAAUCACGAGUAAUUUAGACCAGUUACUGCCCUUGCUGCAGGCGUUGUCACGUAAACAAGCAAUAAGCAACAGCCACUUGUUCAGCUUGAGAAGGUUCACAGAUUUUGAGAUGUUUGGUGAUAAAUUUACAUACGCUCAAUGACGCCAAUACCAUCCCAGAUAUUUGUAAUUGGCCCAAUAUCGAGUUGGCAUCUCAGGACAGCUCAUCUAGGAGUGUACUGGUAUAGUGGAACAUUAUUAUCAGUGUUCCCGCUGGCUUUUGAAACUGCCAGUCCUAGUGGACUGGCAACUUUAAAAAUUACCAGUUUUCUCUCUCAUUUUUAAUAUUUCUAGAUGAAGUCGCUACAAAUAUAUGUUUAACCUCAAGUCAAAGCGAAAUGAUAUUUCCUUGCACUGAAAAUAGACAAAGGGAAACCCUGAUGGUAACAGACAAGCUGACGUCUUUCGAAAAAUAUACAUAUUUGAACAUCGCCAAUGUUUUGUUCAGCAACAAAAACUUACACGGUACUUUAUUUGCUGGUCCACAGGGACUGGCAGUCACAUGAAUUACCGGUCAAAGCCUAAUUUUACCGGUAACAAACUGGUAAUUACCAGUAAAUGGGAACACUGAAUAACUAUAGAGAACAGUUUGUUUUCUGCAUUUUUUUGUCUUAAUUCCGACCUUUGAUCCUUCAGUGUAUCAAAGUGUGAAAAUGGACACAUUGCAGUUCAUGGACAGGAGUUGUUAGAUGGCUAGUUUAUAGACUUGCCUUAAGACUCCUGAUGUUUGUAGUUUUGAAAAUCAUGUUCCUUAGUUUUCAGUCAGUAUUGACUUAUAUUAGGAAAUACUCUCUUUCAGUUUCACGAUUUUGUUUAAUAAGACUCAAGAACCAAACUAUAUUUAAACUACACAGAGUAGGGUCUGAAGUUUUGAGGUUGCCAUUGGAUUUAAGAAAUGCCUCGUCUCUCCGGGCAAACAUUGAAGGCUUCUGGUAUUUGAAUCUAUAUCAGAUGUUUAUUCAAAAUGACAUUCUCCAUUACUGUAGGGGGCACGGGUGGCCCAGUCGUCUAAGGCGCCGCGAUUCGCUGUGCAGAGUUGCGUCCCUUGGGCACGCCAGAAACCUAUGAUUG